AUGCCCCAGAUGAAGUCUCACAGGGGCAGAGUAGAGGGGGAGAGUCACCUUCUUAAACCUGCUGGCCACUCUUAUGAUGCAGCUCAGGGCAGUGUUGGCUCUUUUAGGCAGACUGUUGGCUCAUUUCCAGGUCUUCAUCCACAAGAACCCCAAGAGUUUCUCCACAGGUACGGUGGAGAAGCACAAAUGAGAUUUCCGUCAGCUGUCCCUCCUUCAAGCAACAUUGGAUUUGUUUCGAGUUCCCCCAUUUCUACCAGUUCCCCUUUUCAUUCUGAUAGUCCAUAUCCCAGUCCUGGCUUUCUGACCUCUGGACAAGGUUUAGCACCUCCUACUUUGUCAGCUCCCGUGUUGCCUUCUGGGAAUUCCAUUUCUCACCCUGGCACAUCCGUUAGUGGAGUGAUGGGUCCUGAGAUAGUAUUUUCUGGAAGACACAAUGGCAUCUGCAUAUACUUUGCUCGGAUUAUAGGAAAUAUUUGGGAUGGCAGUAUAGUUGUGGAGAGAGUUUUCAAAAGUGGCAAUCGAGAAGUUGUUGCAAUAGAAAGCAGUGUUCCAUCCCAUGUGCUGGAAUGUGUGCUGCACGAACUAAAAGGUUUACAAGAAUUUCUGGAGAGAAAUUCACAGUUUACUACAGUAGGAGCUCUUGGAAACCCAAGUUUCAGCACACCAGUCAAUUUGCAGCAGAGACUCCUGGGUUUUAUGCGGCCUGAUGGUGGAAGUUCUCAUCAAGUUCAGCAAGAACUACAGAGGAAAUAUCAUGCUGAGGCACAGCUAACUGAGAAGACUUCACUUCAAGGCAUCCAACAGCUUGUUCGCAAAACCUGCCAGGCAUUGGCUUUAUGGAAGUUGUUGUGUGAGCACCAAUUCAGCGUUGCUGUUGGUGAGCUUCAGAAGGAACUUCAAGAACAGCUCAAAAUUACUGCUUUUAAAGACUUGGUGAUUAGAGACAGAGAGCUGACUGGAGCACUCAUUGCUUCUCUCAUAAACUGUUACAUCAGAGAUAAUGCUGCUGUGGAUGGCAUCAUUGCCCAUUUGCAAGAUAUCUGUCCUCUUCUUUAUAGCACUGAUGAUGCUGUGUGUUCCAAAGCAAAUGAACUUCUUCAGCGGUCUCGACAGGCACAAAGCAAAAUGGAGAAAGAGAAGAUGCUGAGAGAGUCACUGAAAGAGUACCAGAAGAUCAGCAAUCAAGUAGACCUUGCUAAUGUUUGUGCACAGUACAGGCAGGUGCGUUUCUAUGAGGGAGUAGUAGAACUCUCCCUAACGGCUGCUGAGAAGAAAGAUCCCCAAGGUCUUGGCCUUCAUUUCUAUAAAAACGGAGAACCAGAAGAGGAUGUUGCUGGACUCCAAGCUUUCCAAGAGAGAUUGAACAGCUACAAGUGUAUCACUGACACCCUUCAAGAGUUAGUGAAUCAAAGUAAAGCUGCUCCUCAGUCUCCCAGUGUACCCAAAAAGCCAGGUCCUCCGGUGCUGUCAUCUGACCCCAACAUGCUAAGCAAUGAAGAAGCAGGACACCAUUUUGAACAAAUGCUGAAGCUGGCUCAGCGUUCAACGGAUGAACUCUUCAGUAUUGCACUUUACAACUGGUUGAUACAAGUUGACUUGGCAGACAAACUGUUAGAGGUUACUGCCCCCUUUUUGGAACCUUACCUGGUGAGGAUGACCAAGAUUGACCAAAACAAAGUCCGCUAUAUGGAUUUACUGUGGAGAUACUUUGAAAAGAACAGAAAUUUUAGUAGUGCUGCCAGAGUCUUGGCUAAGUUGGCUGACCUGCAUAGCACAGAAAUUUCUCUUCAGCAGCGUCUUGAGUACAUUGCACGUGCCAUUUUGAGUGCCAAAAGUUCCACUGCCAUAUCCUCUAUAGCUGAGGAUGGUGAAUUCCUACAUGAACUAGAAGAGAAGAUGGAAGUUGCAAGGAUCCAGCUUCAAAUACAAGAAACACUGCAGCAGCAAUAUUCCCAUCAUUCUUCAGUACAAGAUGCAAUCUCCCAGCUUGAUGCUGAGCUGAUGGAUAUAACCAAGCUGUAUGGAGAAUUUGCUGACCCUUUUAAGCUCUCGGAGUGUAAGCUUGCAAUCAUACAUUGCGCAGGUCAUUCUGAUCCUAUCUUGGUGCAAACUGUCUGGCAAGAAAUCAUUGAGAAAGAGCUGAGCGAUAGUAUAUCCCUGAGUCCUGCUGACAGAAUGCAAGCACUUUAUCUGAAGUUGGCAUUGCUUGGAAAGAUAUAUGCUGGCACACCUCGAUACUUUCCUUUAGAUUUUUUAGUGCAGUUCCUAGAGCAACACGUGUGCGCUUUGAACUGGCAUGUAGGUUUUGUAACAUACACCAUGCAAGAAAUUGGAGUGCCAUUGCCAAGGCUGCUUGAAGUGUAUGACCAGCUGUUUAAAGCACGGGACCCAUAUUGGAAUAGAAUGAAAAAGCCUUUACACCUCUUAGAGUGUAUUAAUGAAUUAUUGUCAGGAUAUGUACAGGAUCCAAGCAGAGUACCUAUGAGGCGACGAUUCACAAAUGUUUGCUUGGAUGCUAUUAGUUGCUACCUGGUUGAACUUCAGUCUAUGACCCCAACGCUAACGGUGCAGAAUAUCAUUGGGAAUUUUAAAUCUCUGCAGGCCAAGCUAGAACGGCUUCACUGAUUGAUUAAUACAUUAGCAGUCAUUACUGAAGAUUAAUAUAAACUAUGAAAUAAAAGUUCAGAUGUCUGCACUGAGAAACUGAAAGAAUAAAUCCUCAGCAAGACAGCUUUCUCAGGAUUUGUCUCUUGCUACAGUUAUGAAUUUUGUG